AUGAGCCGGCUCCGGCUCCUGCAGAGCGUCGCGGAACGUCUCCGUGAAGACCGGGUUCCGGGCCUCAAAAGCCGCGCCGCACCCCCACGCCGGAAGGUAGCCUGGCGAUCCCGGCAGCCCCCGCGUGCCGCGCCGCCCCGGGAAGCGGGACUUCCGGCCCACCCGCCCUCCGCCCGGAAGCGGCCUCGCGGAAGCGUGUCCCUCGCGGCAUGGCGUUCCGGCAGGCGAGAACCACUGUCUCUCAUCAACCUGCGGAAGAGGAAUGUGGAAUCUGGAGAAGAAGAACUGGCGUCCAAGCUGGACCACUGCAAAGCCAAGGCCACUAGGCACAUCUUCCUCAUAAGGCAUUCCCAGUACCACAUGGAUGCCUCCCUGGAAAAGGACCGCACUCUGACCCCACUGGGUCGUGAACAGGCUGAGCUAACUGGGCUCCGCCUCGCAAGCUUGGGGCUGAAGUUUAAUAAAAUUGUCCAUUCCUCCAUGACCCGCGCAAUAGAAACCACCGACAUCAUCAGCAAGCACCUGCCAGGCGUCUGCAGGGUCAGCACAGACCUGCUGCGGGAAGGCGCCCCCAUUGAGCCUGACCCCCCUGUAUCACACUGGAAGCCGGAAGCCGUGCAGUAUUAUGAAGAUGGAGCCCGGAUCGAGGCUGCCUUCCGGAACUACAUCCACCGGGCAGAUGCCAAGCAGGAGGAAGACAGUUACGAGAUCUUCAUCUGUCAUGCCAAUGUCAUCCGCUACAUUGUAUGCAGAGCACUGCAAUUUCCUCCUGAAGGGUGGCUCCGUCUGUCCCUCAACAAUGGCAGCAUCACCCACCUGGUGAUCCGACCCAACGGCCGUGUAGCACUCAGGACCCUCGGGGACACAGGUUUCAUGCCCCCUGACAAGAUCACCCGGUCCUGAGGGCCUCCCUCUACCCGCCCCCUCAGCUCCAGUCCUGGCUCUGGCCUUUGUUUCCAUGUCUGCCCUGUCCAGGCUGCGUGGCUGUUACGUUUUGUCUCUUGAGGAAGAGGCCGGCAGAAAAGUAGAAAUAUCUGAAAUGCUGCAUUCGAGUACUUAUUUCUGGCCCAGGCUGAAAGGGAAACAUUUGGAUCAGACAGCCUAAUUUCUUUGUAAGGUCUUCUACCUUCUGCGAUCUGCCAGGAUGCUGUGAGGCCAAAGGUGAAAACCUUCUCUCAGAAGUCAGGACUGUUUGGGGGACUGAGUGAGCCUGACAGAUGCCAUCACUUUGGGUGACCAUGGCAGAUCUGCACCAAGGGUCCUGGCCACAACCAGCUGUGCCCUCCUCAGCGAAGCCUGUCAGGCAAAAGGGCACCUGAGGGCUGUUCACAGCUCAUUUCACUUCAGACAUUCUUUUCAUUUCUUAAAACCCUUUGGUCACUUAAAUAUUUGUCAGUCUGGGUUUUUGCUUUGCUAACCAGUUUCUCACCCCAGAGUUACAGAUCCCUGACGCUGCUGAACCUAAAUCCACCCACUUUAUUAGGCUUCUCAGGGCACAAGGACUCACCAGCUACAGGUGAAGUUGGGCACAUGAGGGAAGAAAUGAGUCUGUGGGAGUGAUGUGACCUGUGACCUUCGACCUUUAUUCUGGUCUUAUGGCAGAGGUGCAGGGCAGAUAGCAGCCCAGUAGGGGGUUAUCCCAUUUCAAAACAGUAUCCGAGACUGACAGCUCAAUCUUAGUUUGCCUCUGGUUAAUCUUUUAUGCUUAUGGAUUAAAAUAUUUAUACCUGAUCUAUCCCAAAUAUUCUGUUAAAUUAGGAAAAGCAAUAUAAUUCCUAUGGAUUGGUUAUAAAUAUUUUUUACAGUCAAUACAAUUAAUUGGGAAAUUUGAUGCAUUUCUCUGUCCACUUUGGAAAUAACUAUAUAAUAAAAUUUUAUUGGUUUUUUUAGAA